AUGGAGAGCCAGAGCAAGUCGAGCAAGGACGGGGCGUCGGCGAGGGGCGACGUCGAGAUGGCGGACCGUCCGCCGAAGGCCGUCAGGUGUCCUGAUCUACUGUUCCGCGCCCUAGCACUGGCACUCACUCUGGCGGCCGCGGUCAUGGUCGGCGUCGACAAGGAGUCCAAGACGGUCUCUGUCACCAUCUCCCAGAGCCUCACACUGCACGUCCGUGCCACCGCGAAGUGGCAAUACAUGUCCGCUUUCGUAUACUUCCUGGUGUCGAAUGCCGUCGCAUGUUCGUAUGCAGCUGCAUCCCUCGUGUACGUCACCGUUUCUGGGGCGGCCCGCAGCGCCAAAGCAGCUUUAGCCAUCAACGUGCUUGACACUGUCAUGAUGGGGCUGCUCCUAUCUGCCAGCGGCGCAUCCGCCGCCAUCGGCGUGAUCGCCCAGCACGGCAACUCCCAUGUGCAGUGGAACAAGGUCUGCCAUGCGUUCAGCAGCUACUGCCACCAGAUGGCGGCGGCAUUCACCCUGUGUCUCGUCGGCUCAUUUGCGUUCCUGCUGCUUUCGGUGCUCUAUGUCAUGGACCUCCACAAGAAGGCCAUGUCGAGAUGAAAUUUGAAGAUAAUUGGAGAUACAAAGCGAUCAAUGCUGUUUGGUAGGGAAAGUUAAUAUUUGUGUGGCUAGGGUUGCUGAUUUUAUCUCUUUGGCGAGUGGAAGGUGCGUGGGUAGGUUCGAAGGGUACGUAUGGAGUAGUAAAUGCAUGGAUGUGGUUUGGUUCGUAGUAUAAAGUUAGCUGGCCAUUGAGUUGCAGAGAUCUGGUGAGUUAGUGAUU